UCUCUUCCUUCUCUAACACAGGAGCAGCAAUAUGGCACAUCUUCUGCACCUCGUCUUCGUCGUAUCCCUGGCUGGAACUGUUCUCACCCAGGACAUGCCUUAUGAGGACUUCUUGGCCCAGAUUCAGGCCUGCCCCAAGGAGUGCACGUGCCCCCCCAACUUCCCUCGUGCGGUUUACUGUGACAAUAAAGGCCUGAAGAGCAUCCCCAACAUCCCGCCACACACGUGGUACCUCUACCUGCAGAACAAUCUGAUCGAGGGGGUGUCGGGAGACGCCCUGAAGAACGCCACGCAACUGCGCUGGAUCAAUCUGAACCGCAACAAAAUCACAAAUGAGGGCGUGGAAGAGGGCGUCCUGGGUACGCUUACUGAGCUGGUGCACCUCUACAUGGACGACAACCUCCUGUCUUCGGUGCCGUCGCCACUGCCGGCGAGCCUGGAGCACCUCCGCCUCUCUCGCAAUCGAAUCUCCAAGAUCCCCGCCGGCGUCUUCAAUGGCCUGAAUAAGCUUAAUCUGCUGGAUCUGCAGUCCAACAAGCUGAUGGAUGACGCUGUAACUGAGGUUAGCCUUAAGGGGCUAAGCAGCCUGGUGCAGAUUAACUUAGCCAAGAACCAGCUGAGCAGCAUGCCCCUUGGCUUACCCCCAACCACCACUCAGCUUUUCCUUGAUGGCAAUAACAUCGAGAAGAUCCCAGCAGACUACUUCAAAGGUUUGCCCAAAGUGGCGUUUCUGAGGCUCAACAACAACAAGCUCGGGAACAACGGCUUUCCCAAAGACGUCUUCAACGUGUCCAGCAUUCUGGACCUGCAGCUGUCCCACAACCAGCUCACCGAGGUGCCCAUCAUUCCCUCCGGGCUCGAACAUCUUCACCUCGACCACAACAACAUCAAAACUGUGAGCGGCUCCAGCGUCUGCCCCGUCCCCGUCACCGAGACCGUGGAGGACUCGCUCAACAGCAGCGCCCCUCGGUUGCGUUACCUCCGACUAGACGGCAACGACAUCAAGCCACCGAUUCCCCGGGACGUCAUCCUCUGUUUCCGCCUCCUGAGAUCCAUCGUUAUCUGAACUCAGAAACAUUUAUUCGAAGCAUCGUUUUCCACAACAACCCGUGACUUGAUUCGGACGCUGAUUGAAGCCAUACGUAUUUGCAUGUCAGUGAAAAUAUCUAACACUCGUUGGCAUCCACUUUGUUUUCAUCUCAGAUUCCUCCAGUUGAACUUGAG